AUGGCCACAAUUCAGGAUGAUGAUGAACUCUUGCUCGCUCGAAUUGGAUACAAACAGGAGCUGAGGCGUGAAUUCUCAAAAUGGUCAACCGUCUCUUACGCCAUCUCCAUCCUGGGUGUGCUAGGCUCUGUCCCGGCGACAAUCGGAUCCCCGCUGGCUGCUGGUGGCCCGGCAACUGCCGUCUGGUGCUGGCUUAUCGGGUCAUGCAUGGCAAUGUGUAUAGGUAGCUCGGUGGCAGAGCUUGUAUCUGCGUAUCCAACCGCGGGGGGUAUGUAUUUUGUCACCAAAUAUGUUGUACCUGAAAGCCAAGUACCGUUGUUCUCCUGGGUUCAGGGGUGGUGCAACCUCCUCGGACAGACGGCCGGUGUUUCCAGCGUCGCGUACAGUGUCAGUCAGAUGAUACUCGCCUGUGUUAGCUUGAAUUCGGAUUUCCAGGACGGCACCUAUGCAUAUUCACCGACCGCCCUCCAAACCGUCAUCCUUGCCAUUGGGCUUUUGUGCAUCAUGGGAGUUAUAUGCUCCUUGUCCACCAAAACGCUGCAUAGGAUCAUUCUCUGGUUUGCGCCAAUCAACAUCUCCGGAACCAUUGCCAUCUGCAUUGCCCUGUUGUACCUCACACCGGAUAAGCAGUCUGCCACCUGGGUCUUCACCCAUGUGACAGAUGGCUCCGGCUGGGGCUCGAAGACAUUUUCGUUUCUGCUCGGGUUUAUAUCUGUUGCAUGGACAAUGACCGAUUAUGACGGAACUACUCAUAUGUCUGAGGAGACCCAUGACGCCGCCGUUCGAGGACCCGUGGCCAUUAGGACGGCAGUCCUAGUCUCCGGGCUGUUCGGUUGGAUGCUUACAGUGUCGAUUUGUUUCUGUCUGAAUGAUUUUGAAGGCAUACUGCAGUCCCCAACCGGGCUCCCAGCAGCUCAAAUCUUCUUUAACGCCGGAGGAAAGACAGGAGGGACUAUCAUGUGGGCCUUUGCGACUCUCAUCCAGUUUUUCACGGGAUGUUCUGCUAUGCUGGCCGACACUCGCAUGGCAUAUGCUUUUGCUCGUGACGAAGCUCUGCCAUUUUCCUCUUUUCUUUCAAAGGUCAACCAGUACACCCAUACUCCGGUCAAUGCAGUGUGGUUUGUGGUGUUUUUCAGUGUCUGUCUGAAUUGCAUCGCUAUCGGGUCCACAGAGACCGCCACUGCUAUCUUCAAUGUCACCGCGCCUGCACUGGAUCUGUCCUACGUAUCGGUGAUCUUGGCUCAUCAGAUAUAUAAAUCAAAAGUGAAGUUCAUCGAAGGCCCCUUCACUCUGGGGGCAUGGGGCACACCAAUCAAUAUGGUCUCCAUUAUCUGGGUGCUCUUCAUUAGCACUGUUCUGUUCUUCCCCACUACAGUCCCAGUGACGGCUGAAAACAUGAACUAUGCUAUCUGUGUUGCGGCUUUCAUUGCGAUAUUUGCCUUGCUAUGGUGGUUUAUAUCGGCUCGAAGGAAAUACACUGGGCCCCGAACCAACGAUAUCAUUCGAACCAUUCCCACUGAAGACCUUGGAAACGACUACGGGACGAUGCAACAUAUGGGGGUAUAG